UCUCUCACAGCCUCCAUAUAUUCAUCUUUUUCUUCUUCUUCUUGGGUUUGCGGAUCUUAUAGUAUAUAAUUAAAGAAAACAUAUCAUCUGUUCGUUCCAUGGAAAUCAACUCCAAACCCAGAGCAAAGGAGCCGGGAGCCAAGCCCCCAACCAGGCUGCAGAAACAGGCGCCUGCAGCCCUUCAGCUCGAUCAGAUUGCCAAUGCGGCCUUUGACGCCGCCGCCUCUCGCUCGUGCCCCAUUCCCUUGUUGUCGCCCCUGAUACUCUCUCCCCAGCAGCCUGCAGAGGGGGAAGCGGAUGACGAGAAAAGGUUGAUGUUCAUGGCAAGUGUUAAUGGCAAUGACGGACCAGGCAUCGGCGGCGGCGGCAACAACAACAACAGCAAUCUAAUUCCAACGCCGAAGUUCGGGGGGAUGGGAUGGCAGCAUCCGGCGGUGGAGGCGAUGCCAGACCCUUCGGAACUGUUUAAUUUCUUCCAAUCUCAAUGCGUGCUUGUCAACCGGGUGCAGUGACCACCAGCGAGGUUUGGAUUGGCCGUAAUUAAUUGAUGUUUGCGAUGGGAUUAAUUAAUGUGGCUUUGUUGGUAGAUUGUCUGUCUGUCUGUCUGUAUAUCCUCCUUCAACAAACUUUGUAUUCCAUCUUUUGCCCCAUCCAGAAACUAAAUGUAAUGUACUAU